AUGACAAAUAUACACGCCAGUUGGAUGCCCUUCUUGGAUGGUGAAUCACCCGUUGUAAAGUAUGAAGUUGCUGUUGGUAGCAUAUCUGGUGGUGCUCAAAUAAAACCUUUCUUUGAAGUUCCGUCAGACACCAAUGUCGUUAAAAUUGAUCACCUUGAUUUGGCCCGACAAGAACAGGUGUUUGUUACGGUACGAGGAACAAAUGCAGCAGGCCUUACAACCAUUUCAAUAUCGAAUGGUGUCUUCAUCAGCCGUAUUUCAGCAGGACUUUCACCACUAGGAUCAUUUACUGUAUAUGAUGGCCAUACACCUGGGAAAGAUAUG